GUGAGAGGCUUCCCGCAGCGUCUGCCUUUCGUCUUUCAUCGUUCGCUGAGGUAUUUUAUUGGGAGUUGCUCAAGAAGGCAGGCCUUUCUCUUCGUCAGCAUUUCGUUCUGCGGUUUCCCUGGAGAUAGACCACUCCAUCCGCUUAGUGUGCUCUCGGGUCCCCUUCUUUCCUCCCCACCGCCAUUCACAGCUGCUAGUCAGCUCCUACGUCUUCCACUCCUUCAAAGCCCCAUACUACAGUCGUUAGAACCUACGCUAAGGAUGUCCCACCUCACUACCUCCCUCUUUCACAAACCUUCCCCGUACGAUCUCCCCCGCAGCGCUCAGAUCCCGACGCCUCCAGAUACCGACCUCAACUUCUUUGAGUCAGCGUCGACAGCUCAAUAUCCUGCAUCCCAUGCCCCUCCCGCAGACUACGAUACCCCUCCGUCUCAGCCUCCACUUCCUCGCCGCGUUUCUACUCUCUCGUACCACAACACAGGUCUUCGCGAGUCUCGCGAGCGCGCUGGGCCACGUCCACAGUCGAAAUGGUUGGUGAUCGUCACUCCACCAGCCUCGAUAGCCAGAGAGCACGGUCAGCUCGGGCAUACCUUGUCUUCCGGACCCCCGGGUCGACUCUCCCAAGGUGUUUUGUUGCCGUUGUUUCCGACAAUGUACGCUCAAUUGACCGUCAUCGCUCGCGAGUUCAAUUUCCCGAGCACAACGGGACUUUGCCUUUAUCUUGGAAUGCCUGAGAAUAACCUCUCCAUGAUCCCACGCAUCUCUGAUGAGACUUGGCCCAUUCUGUGGAAUCACCUCUUCGAGGCUCGCUCGCCUGUGCUCCAGAUUCAGCAGUUGCCCGUCUGCGGUCGGAUUGAGUUUGACAUUGACCUCGACAAAGCGCGCUGGUAUGACGCGUGGCUGGCAUCCUCUCGUAGAACAAGCCAUGACGUCACGGCUUCUAUUGCGCCUUCGCUCUCCCACUGGCGCGACGAAAGCAAAACCACGCACCCCGAUGACCUUCUCGGGGAUGAAGAGUCGGCGUAUGUGCCGCAGCAGACGCGAACAGCCAUUCAGCGCCAUGUCCCUAGGAAGUUGUCACUGUUGGACCGCUUGGAGUCUGCCUCAGCUAUUUCAGCUACAGUUCCGCCUUCUGAAAAUGCUCUUCCACCCAUCGUGCAAGAAGAGGAGCCUCCAACCACUCCUUUGCGAUCCCGUGUCAAGUCCUGGCGUGCAAGCUCUUCCGUUGCGCCCACACCUUUGGCUGCCAAUGGCCAAAUCAGCCUCGACCCAGUCCACAUGCCCAAUGCCGUAGUGUUAGUCGAUACACCUUCUGUUUCUACUGUCGAAGGUGAUGGUGAGCGCCCUCUCAACCUCGAUGACUAUGCCUGGUCGGUCUCGUCCCUGGGACCUCCCGACCACGAUGACCUCGAUUCACCCGUUUCUUGGUCGCGCGUACCGUCUGUGCACCUCGAUCGGCGCAUGGAGGGCUCGGUUCUCCUGAGCCCCUCCUACGCCACCUCAUUCGGCCCCGAUGACGACUAUGAGUCCCUGUACUCAUUUGUCUCUCGCCUCCCGUCGCCCGACAUCGCUUUGCGGAUGUUAGAGGACGUUCCGCCCACCCCUUCUACCGCAACUAGUUGGGGUCCGCCGCUGGAUUACCCUCCGUCGCCCUUGAGCAUAUCCCGACCUCCGUCGGUCGAUAUUGCAUACAGGGCCAUGUCGAGUCGACCCGCCACUCCGUCGACGGCCACUUCUUGGGGUCCGUCGUCUUGGCCCGCAUCUCCUGCGUAUUCUCACCCAGAUCAUCGCGCUCCCUCUCUCGAUCUUGGCGAGCGCGCCGACUGGAGUCGACCCGUUACUCCGUCGACUGCGACGUCGUGGGGACCACCAUCCUACCCACCGUCGCCUGCGCAUCUGAAUGUAAACGCCAAUCACCACGCUCAACUCUCUCCCGAUCUGGGCGAGCGUGGUGGAUGGAGUCGGCCGGUGACACCCUCGACGGCGACCUCUUGGGGCGCUCCGUCGUCCUACCCGCCGUCGCCUUUCAUGCCAGAACACAUCCCGACCCCUGAUGCCGGUCACCGUGCGUUUGACGCGAAUAUGCCUCCUUUAGGACCCUCCGGAAUUGUCUCCCCGUACUUCAGACCGAGCGCAGAAGUCGCCUGGCCGCAUGUAUGGCCGUUGGAACGUCCUCAACCACCGCCUCCCGUCGUUAGGAUAUCUACAUCCUCCGGGACGAGCGGGGAAGAGUCGACGCGAAGACGCGCCACGCCGCCCCCGACACGCUCGCUUGAGAUCGAACGUGUGGUCGAAGAGCCACAAGUCCAGACCGCUGCCUGGCAGCUCGGUGCCCCUCAUUACGAGGGACAGACCGUUGCUGUCAAUAAUGAUGUUGCGUCAGCUGCAGCAGUGUCUUUAUUGGCCGUACCUAAAGUGAUGAGCAUGAAGAGUUUCUCUUCGCGUCCGAAGAGUCCUUCCGCCGGUAGAUCUUUAAAAUCUGGUAAUGAUAGUCACCCCUUUUUCAACCUCCGCUCUCCUGCGAGGGCACCCAAAGCUGAUGCAGAAACACCUUCCACAUCUGCACCUUCUACGGCUGCCUCUCAUAUGGAUAUGAGCGUCGAGGUUUCGCCGAAUGAGUAUUCCUUGCACGACCUUCAGUCUGUCAUCUUGAGUGUUGAAUACCCGAACUUCGCGAUCUAUCGCACCGCGUACCCGAACUUUGAGAUAUAUCCAGGACAUGUCACGACGUUCGAUGACAGUCACCACUCGUCGAUGUCUAUCACGCUACCGAGACAGUAUCCUUCUCUCGACAUCUAUCCGACGGUCUACCCGAACUUCGAGAUCUAUCCUGGUCAUCUCAUCCUAGCGCAGUACCCUCUCGAACCGGUCUCAAUACAACUUCGUCCCAGAUAUCCCGCGUUCAAUAUCUAUCCAGGCGUCUAUCCUCACCUCGUCAUCUAUCCAUCCGUCUCUGUGGGAGACGUCUUCGAGUUCAAUAUGCCUUCAUUUGCGUACCCGGACAUUGUGAUCUACCCCGCGGUUGGUGUAAGACCUCCAUCUACCUCGUCGGCGCCGCAGUCGAAAGUAUCUGUUUCGACGCAGCUCCGGUCUGCUUACCCUCACUUCGACAUUUACCCUGCUGGAUAUCCCGAGAACGUGUACAACAUCUAUCCACGCAUGGGCCUCGAUGUCACCUCCCCAGUGAACGUGAAGCUUCCGGCGCAGUACCCGAUGAUGGAAAUCUAUCCUGCCGCCUAUCCUUAUGUUACACCGUAUCCUACUGUGGCUCGCAGCGGCAUGAAGAAGUCUUCCCCUAGCCGAACGACGACUCCCCAGCUUGAGAUAUACCCGCCUGGACGCCGGUUCGAUGAUGCCGAGUACUACCCUCAACGCAGCGUGCGUGUGCGCCCCGCAUACCCCUGCUUUGACCUCUACCCUUCGGUGUACCCUGCGAUUACGCUCUACGCUCCCAUCCCUGGUGGAACGCACCCUGUACCACAAUCCAGCCUUCGGGCUGUGAACCUUGGUCGUAGCGUGCUUCCUUCGACAUAUCCUCACUUCAACAUCUAUCCCGCGGUCUAUCCCUACUUCGAAAUUUAUGCUGGCGAAUGCUGUGAUGGUCGUUUGUCUGAGCUUGAUCACAAUGUCACCACUCUUCCCGCGACGUAUCCCCGCUUUGCUCUCUACCCUGCUGUGUAUCCAUACUUCGAGAUCUAUGCUGGUGAAGUAUGCGAUGGCAGUCUGUCCCGUCAGGACAACGGUCGUGUCACGCUUCCCGCGAUGUACCCCCGCUUUGCGAUCUACCCCGCUGCGUAUCCUCAUUUCGAGAUCUACGCUGGUGAAGUCUGCGACGGUUCGAUAUCUGGCUCGUGGCGUGUGGUUCAGAGCACGCUGCGAGUUUGCUAUCCUCACUUCGAUAUCUAUCCCGCCGUCUAUCCACACUUUGACAUUUAUCGCUCAGGGUCGACUCCGAAGUCGGAGACACCACUUUUGCUCUCUGUUCAGCUUCCUGCGCGGUAUCCUGCUAUUCAACUAUAUCCUCCCGUCUACCCUCACUUCGAGCUUUGGCCUUCGGUCGGCGUUCAUGACACUCAGGCUCCACUCACUGUCCCACGUACACCAGCCCAGAAAGCCCACACAGUCCCGCGUGUGGAGGUAUCUGGCUCCAACGGUCUCAAAGAACAUCAUGCUCCGUCAAGAAAGACCCAUCGGCAGCUGCACAAUGAAAUCGCCAAGACUGGUCAUUUGUUCUUGACGAUGCCCGUGUACGCUAAGAAGACCCACCGGCAACUUCACAACGAAGCGUUCAGGACCCCGAGCCUUCGUUCGGUUUCUUUCGUGGACGUUGGGCCUAGUUCACCCGAAGGAUCGAAAAGGAAUUCUCCAACAGGUUCAAGGACAUAUCCCAAGACAUCGGCAGAGCCACUCCGUGCUGCCAUGAAGCGACCAGCUGGCCUCCCACCUGUUCCUCCUAUGCCCGCGUUCGUCUCCGCAGGACUUCCUCCCCUCCCACCUUCAUCAGGACCUCCACCCCAAUUCGCUCUUCCUCCACUUCCAUCCCGAAUAGCUUCACCCGCUUCACCCUCUCGUAGGCCAGUAUCUCAAGCCAGUGGCCCUCCUGCUGAGCCGGCUUGGGAGAUGGUCCAGCCCACGCGACGGAUGAGCGAUAUUCGAGUACAGACGACGAGCUCGCUACGCAGGGUGUCGUCUGCACGGCAGCCACCCUCCGUGGCUCAGAACUCGCUACUCUCGCCGGUGAAUGAGGAUCCUCCUGUUCUGCAUCGCUCGAGAUCGCAUGGUCAAAGAACUGGAUCGGACCUGUCUGAGUCGGGCGUGGAAUCGCCGAGAUUGGCGCCACGGAGGAGGGAGAGUCUUGUGUUGGAGAAAGCGAGGAUGUUUGACCUUCCGUCUGGUUCGACGCCAGCUAACGAGCCUGUUUCGCGACUGUCAAUGAGCGCCUUAUCCGAAUUCCCGUUGCCGCCUUCGACAACUUCGAAUAGUGGUGCGCCGGGUCGACCUGUAGGGAAGUUAGAUCGUACGAGGUUUUCUUUCCAGUGAUAGUUGAUGAUUAUUAUUCGAGUGCGUGGGCAGGGAGUCCGGAAUGUUUUGCUUUCUUCGUUGCUUUCUCUGUACAUUUUGUUUGCUUACGGAUUUGGACCACGGUUCUAGAGUACUACAGUGCUUGUGCUUCUAUCUUAUUUGUUGAUAUUGAAUGCUUUGUUGGCUUGUCGCGGUUGUGCAAUGAUUGUAUCAUGACAAGACCAUACGUUUACAGAAUAUUGAGCUGGAAUUUAGAGUCCACAAUGUAUUGAUUGAGAAUGACAAGAGGAUGACAAAAGGAUAUAGCAUGAGUGGAAUGAGAUAGUACAGCAUACAGAUUCAUGAGAUGAUUGGGAAGUCCGUGGUUUAGCGACUGCGUUGCAUGCUCUACUCAUCUUCAGAGUCUUGUUCAAUUCGAGGGGAAGCAGGUUGAGGCGGUCUUCGCUCUUGCUGCCGCCUCAGUCUUUCGCUCUCUCGUUGGGCACGUAAUAUCUGGGAUUUGCGAUCAUCUAAGAUUGCUUUCUUUGUAUUCGCAACUCGAGCUGCCUCCUCCGCUUUCAGCACAUCUCUUUUGUGCUCUUCGCGCUCUUGCUUCUCGACCUCUGCUUGCAUCAUCUCUUUGAUGAUAGCAGCACCAAUGCGUAGAUCGUUCAGGAACCUGUCGUGGAAGCGGUAGUAGGGUUGGAAGUUCUCAACCUCUGGGCGGAAUCCGAGAGCGAUAGCGUAUUCCAAUGCGCCUUUCGGCGUGAUCAAUGUUCUCUGAAUCAUGGUAUUCGUGGGCUUAAACUGUUUGAAUUUUGGGUUCGUUGGGUUUUUGAGGAUGUUUUCUGCCAUAGUUGUCAGCGUACGCAAUGAGGCAAUCGCCACCUCCUUCGAGUUGGGUCUCAUUAUCCCAGGAUCGACAA